AGAAGAUUUAAAAAAUGUAAAACAGAGAAAGAAAAAUGAUAAGCCUGAGGUUUCAACCAUGCACCGUCGCUGUUUUAUCGGCGUUGGUCAGCCGCGCCGGGUUUACCAGACGUUACGGUACGGCUAAACCGGGAUGGACAUGGACUCGUCUGUUUGGGACGAUGGCGAUGGCCGCGAGUCCUCUGGAAGUCUGCGUCAAAGCUUCCGUCAUAACACCAAACAAGCUUGGAGACUGCCCUUUUUCCCAAAGGGUGUUGCUCACUUUGGAGGAGAAGCAUGUACCUUAUGACAUGAAAUUGGUGGAUUUGAUUAACAAGCCAGAGUGGUUCUUGAAAAUUAGUCCAGAAGGUAAAGUUCCUGUGGUGAAGUUUGAUGAGAAAUGGGUUCCGGAUUCGGAUGCUAUAACACAAUCUUUGGAAGAGAAGUACCCUGAGCCUCCUCUAACAACCCCACCAGAAAAGGCUUCAGUUGGGUCGAAGAUAUUCUCCACAUUUAUCGUCUUUCUCAAGAGCAAAGAUCAAGGAGAUGGCACUGAGCAAGCUUUAUUGAAUGAACUUUGUAAAUUCAACGAUUAUCUCAAAGAAAAUGGACCUUUCAUAAAUGGGGAGAAGAUUUCAGCAGCGGAUUUGUCCAUAGGACCAAAGUUACACCACAUGAAGAUCGCAUUGGGGCAUUACAAAGACUGGUCUGUUCCAGAUUCACUUUCUUUCCUUAAAUCCUACAUGGAGAGAAUUUUCUCGAGGGUAUCAUUCGCGAAAACACAAGCUCAAACAGAGGAUGUAAUUAUUAGUUGGAGACAGAAGGUGAUGGCCUGAUGGGUUGGAAAGUAAGAGAUACAUAUAUGUGUUUCAAACUCAAAAAAAAACAAAUAGAGAUGUUAGCCUCUUCUACUAACUGUAAAAAAAUGUAAUAAAUGAAAACCUUCUUCAAAUGUUACCAAUAAAUACUUA